GUGCAUUAUGCGUGCUCAGUUGUAACUUGACCUACCAAAGAUGAAGGGGCUCGUGCUCUCCCUUGUCCUCCUGGCUCUCUUCACCUCCGGAGAUGCUCUGAAGUGCUACGUCUGCCUGGCAGAGGGAGGGAACGUCUGCAACCUCUACACGGAGGAGUGUGUCAGUAAUGAUGUCUGCGGCCGCUUCUGGUUCACCGGCUCUCCCACCAUGUUGAUCCAGGGUUGCUAUAAGGCUAAGGACUGCAUGGAACUCCUGGGCAAUCCGAACGUGGACGGAAAGUGCUGUGACACCGACCUCUGCAAUUAGAGACGACCCCUGAUGCGAAACGGCCAUUCCUGAGACACCAACAGAGAGAAGGCUCAGUCACCAUGUAAACCAACAAUGUCCCAAUUUUCAACCAUAUGAAAAAGCAAGAAGCCUAAUAAACGAGAAGCAAUGAAAUAGACAUUUAUAAACAGUGGAAUAGAAAUUUAGAAAUUGUAUUUUCCUUUUAUUUUAUUGUUAUUAAAUGUUUAUUUCAUUCAUCAUCAUUCUGAGAACAGUGUCACAUUAAAGCGUGGAAAACAAAAA